AUGCUUCAUGAAAAUAACAGUUGCAAACGCAGAUUUUUAUGAGAAAUUGAUCAAAUAUCAUAAAUAUGCAGAUGAAGAUCUAUAUACCUUUAUUUACUGAUUCUGUCGCGAGAACUCAUGAAACAGACGUGCAUCUUCUGUGUUUAUAAUGUGCGUGAUUACUAUGCGUCAAUUUGCGGUUUAUGAUCUCACUAAGUUGAUGACGGUCAAAGACCUUAAUCGAUGCUCUUCCAGGUUAAUUUGAGAUAUUUCUCUAGUCACGAACUGGCUACUUUAGGUGACUCCAAAUACGUCUUUACAUUAUAAGAAUUGCUGAGUCGCAUAUGAAUUAAUAAUAUCUAUUCAUUGAAACGUUACGUGACACAGUAUGAAUAGAUGUCAAUUAUAUUUGCAAUAUAACUUCUCUAUUUGAUAUAACAUAUGGGAAGGCUCUUUAUUAUGGAAUAAUUUGGUUUAGAAAAAUAAUUUUUCUGUAAAAAUAUAUAAAAUUGAUUGUAUGUUUUAAAUAAUUUUUUUUAAUGUAAAUUAAUUUGUCAUCAGUAUUUUUGCAAUCUUUCAACGCUGUUUAAAAUGUUUCUUAGAUAUUUGAACUACGCGUUUGAAUAAAAAUGAGUAUUUAACGAUAUACGUUAUUUACGCGACAUGCAACAUUCGUUUAUCUGUUUAUGCAACUGUCCAAUCUUCAUGAAAUAGGCCGUAAACGUCACAAAGAAACCAUAACUAAGCCACUAAGAUGGAUUUUGCGCCUCCAGGGUGGAUAUUAACGAUUGGUUGCGGCUUUUAACGUAGAACAAAAUAAAUCGUAUGUAACAUUAUUGUAAACGUGUACUAUCACGGUUAACAACUGUGAAGUCUCGUAUGUUUGGACUGUCUUUUAUUCACUUUUCGUAUCAGAUAUUGAUUAUUAGAAUUCUAAAGCUGUCGAAGUGAUUUACCGAUAACUCUCCAAGAUAAAUAACUCGCUUUAUAGCUGCAGAAUCUCUGUUUGCAAAUGGAGAUGCAUUCGAAGAAAUAGAAUAUUAUUUAUUCUUAGAAUAAUACAGGUUGUGAAUAUCGUGUUAACAACUUAUUUUAAACUGCAAAUUACUAUUUGCACUUUAUCACGAAGAUAUUGUAUAAUACAAUUACAAUGAUAAUAAUAUUGUUAUUUUCUGGAGAAUAUUAGAUUUAGAUAUCAAAAACGUUUCUUCUUUUAUUCUCUCAUUGUCAGAUCUUUCAUAAUCUUUAAUAUAUACGAUGACAAAUUCACAUCCCAUAUGGUACGCGCUGUGAUAAAUUUUUAAUCAUCAGACUUGAACCAACAGAGUUCGAUGCGUGAUUAAUAGUAUCUGCAAUGCUUAACGAAGAUACUUAUGCACGUCCAGACAGUUUCUUGCGUCUCUCCCAAGAAUUUUCUUUCCGGCCGGGAAUGUGUAACAAGCUGGAAUAUCGAGAUCGGUAAUCAGUUGAUAUUACCACUUCAUAUCCUGUCGAAGUCCCGUACUGGGUCAACCGGGCAAAGGGGUAAACAGGUUAUAUCGCGAGCUAACAAGCACGCGUUUCGCCCACUCGGAUCGUUUAUCGUGCGACGUCUUCCUCAUACAGUUCUCUGUGUAUAGACGUAGAUGAACGAUGGGCGUCUCUCUUGGUCGUUUUUACAUCGCGCCCCGUAACCGCGAGUGAAAGCACGCACGCGCGCGCCUAGUACGUGCUCGACAUACCCGAAGAAUGGCACGUUUAUUACCCGUUUCUCGUCAUUACAACCCCGUCGGCGCGUGUCGCGUGCGAAAAAUGAUCUUUCGGUGAUGUUCCUCAUAGUAGAUGCGAUAGAUCAAAUUUCCAGGCCAGUAGAGUAAGUCGAUGUCUUCCAGCUUUGUGUACAACAAAAAUUUAUUGCCUGGGUUUAGUGGGUUAACAAACCAUGCUUCUAUUGUGACCCGAAAAAUAAAUUUGAGGAGCGCUUCUGCUUUUAAGAAUUAAUUUUCGCGUUUACGUCGAAAUUACGAAUUAUCAGCAAUCGCAUAGAGAAGUGUCUAUGCAGUUAUACAUGCGUAACGUGAAUAAAAAAAUAUAGAAUUAAUAUUUGCAGACUUUACGCUUGAUGCGUAUAAGGUUUUCCAGUUUUCAACUUUCUAAAGUAAGUUCUUCUAUGCGAUGACACACACCAUCCACGUUACAGAACUUAUAAUGUAAACGGUGGGUUAGUUAUCGGAUUGGCUCUGUAAAAGUUGUAGAAAACAAGUAUAUUGCUACGAGCACUUACAUUAAAUUUAUAAUAUAAAAAAAAUUAUAAUAUAAAUGGAAUGGUCUAUAAAUACAACAAUUUAAAACAUAUUUAACUUUACAUCAAGAAUGCCACGUGUAAAAAUUUAUAAAAGUUAAGUUAAAGCGUAAUAUAGACUUGGAUUUUUAAAAAGUCAACUAUUAUUUUUUUUUUUUUUCAUUUGUUCCCACUUGUUCAACUUGACGUUUACGGUACUUUAGUGUUAUUUGAGCGUUGUUUGCUGGAAGUUUUAAAAUAAAUCAAUCAAGCCAAGAAGAUAUUGAUAAGAUAAAUGAAGAAAAACAGUUUUUAAAAAUUGUAUUGGAUUUUUAAAUAGAUUGAUGCGAAGUCAAAGUAAAGCGAAACGACUAUCGUGUAAACCGGUUGCGGAAAGAGGCUGCACCGCUAACACAUGUGUGUAUGAUAUCCUGAUUCUAUCUGAAGCCUGCAAUGGCGUUAAUAGGUCAAUCAAUCGCCUUCUAUCCGCUUUUUGUGAUGUUACCCUUUACUACGUUCUACUGAUUAUUACAUAACACUCAAUGCAUUAAUUUUCUUACACAGUUUUAUUCUUAAAAUAAUUUACAAUCACGAUUUUAUAGCGGAAACUCGACUAGGCAUUAAUUUUCUUUACUUCUUAAUGUUUGAUAUUAAAUUUCUUCGCAGAUGCUUAAAUUAAAGUUUUAAAUUAAAAUUUUACUGCAGACAAUGUUAUAUUAUCUUAAAUUACAUAUAUUUCUGUAUCUAAAUUUAUGAAAAAUUAAAAUUUUUUAAUUAAGUUUAGAACAGUAAGAUUGUUAUUCUUCUGUUAAGAAAAAUUGGAUUUAAUAAUAUUAAGGUUACAUGGAUGUAAUUUAAUUUUAGAUUUUUUUAAUUGGAGGAUAUCUUUGAAAAAAUAAAUUUGUACGCCCAAUUUUACCUAAUUUCCGCUUUACAAAGAGAUAAUUUACGAAUUAUAACGUUACCUGUGAUUAUCUGCGAUAAAAAACUGAGCGGCCGUUGCGGGUGGGUGCACUAGAAAAUAUAGCGCUUCCACCGGCGGCGAGGAAUGUCGCAAUUACGUGGAGAAGAAUGUCGUGGAGAAGACCCUUUGCUGAAUCUUUAAAAUGGCUAACGGAAGGACAUUAUCACGGUCAUAGUGGCACGUGCCGUUGCUGCUCUCUUUUGACAUAGAGACAACUUUUCGCUUGGUAAUCGUAUAAUAUAAAACGCAAAUAUAGUAUACAACAUUUAAUACAAUGACGACAUAGUUCAUCUUGUUUACAUUCAUCACAGUCUCUUCAACUAAGCUUGCAGCGAAGCCUUGAGAUAUCUCGUGAAAUAUCUUUCUGAUUGUCUGAUGGUUAUUAGGUUGACAGUUUAGUUAUGCAGCUGUGAUAUACCGUUAAAAUUAUAUUCUUAUUUAGUAAAAAAUAAGGAUUCAGGAUCUUUGUUCUACUGGACAAUCUAAUCGGACAAAAUAAUUAGAUUGGGAUUUUAACAUAGCUUGAUGUUUUUUUACAUACAAAAAUUAUGCUUAUUAAAUAAAUGUUUUUUUUUUAUUUUUCUGCAAACAUGAAAACAGUAUAAAAUGAUUGGCGAAGAAUAUUAAUAAGGCUAUCUCAAAAUAUCUUUGCACGAUACUGGAUAAUCUUUUUAACACUUUUUUCUCAAUUUUAAAAUAUCCCGUUUAGUGUCUCACGAAUUUUAUGGUGUGAUGAGUUUGUUUCAUUGUCAUUGAAAUUUCCACGAGCUUCCAGCGACCAUCAGCGAGUUCUCGAGUGUCUCUCGAGUCGUUGUAUCGUAUAGAAUGCACCAGCAAUCUCUUACACAGUAUUAUCUAAGCCAUGGACCGUUACCCCCACCGACCUAAAUUAUCGCCGUAUAAAUGGUCAGAACACCUUCUAUCCACUGUCAGUGAGCGUGUGCAACCUAAUCUUGCCUUUCUGCAACGUGCAUCAUCCUGCAUCAUUCUGUGACAAGAGUGCGUGAUAUUAUGCGAUAAUUCUUUACUUAUGAUUUUCUUGGAGUAAUUACGGAAUUCUCUCUCGAGGUAGUGCACCUCGAUGAUUUGUAUAGUUAACGAAAUUUUUACAAUUAAUAAUGACUAUACGAGAAUUCGAAGCGAGAUAGGUGAUCGUUCCUACCGUCUGCAAUGAAGUAUAAACCGACUAAUCGAAGUUAACAAAAUCUAAAUCCUUAGUGCAAAGUUAUAAUCAUCUACUUAAAUUAUGAAGUACGAAUAUAUCAAAGUUAUCGAGUGGUCUCGCAAAAUCGGAUGUCCAAAAGUGACCCAAGUAUCGUGCUGGAUGUUUAUCUUGUUGAUUAUUUGUUCACGACAAACUCAGUCAUUGGUUUUCGAUAAUACAACGGAUUUUGUUCAAAAAUGUCAAUUGGAAUGCAGUUUUAAGAAAGAUUACACAACUUGUGGUAAAUAUAAAGUCGUAAAAUGGUUAAACACAGUAGUAAAAGAAAAGGAAUUUAGUUAUGGGCCAUUUCGUAUAAUAAGGAUACCAUCGAUUUAUAAGCAAUCUUUCUUGCCCUAUUUGCCACGUUCUCGAGCAUUUAAAAGUGGCAUAACAGAAACCCUAACCUUCGUUAGAGAUAGUGUAGAGGAUUUACUGACAACACGUGCCAUUGUAUAUACAAUAGACAACUCGGCUGGUGCCAGAGAGUUCUCUUCGAAUCUAAUGCUUAUGGAUGAGGAUGAACUUGAUCGGUUAAAAGAGAGCAAAGAACCGGAAGGCGAUUGGCGAAUUUUCAAGAAGAAGAAGUCUAUAAUCCUCCCGAUUCUUAUAUUGUUAAAUUUAGUAAAAUUGAAACUACUGCUAUUACCAAUUUUCCUAGGAGUUCAUUUUAUCAAAAAACUUCUUGUACUUGGAUCAUUAAUUUUACCAUCAGUAUUCGCACAUUUAAGGAUUUGCAAAGUGCCACGUCCUAAUGCCUCUCAUGGGCAUCAUGCACAUCCUUAUCAAAUAUGGUCCACUGCAGAAGACACAUCAGUAGAUUAUCCAACAGGAUACGGGCAAGAUGACACUAAUUGGCAUAGAAACGAUUAUCAAUUGGGAUAUCCGAGUUAUCAGAUACUUCGCAAUCCCUACGGGUGAAAACAUUUCAGAUUAAUAUCGCAAACAUCUCUCUCGAUGAGAAUUUUGUAUUUACUAUCUUCCGACAAUCUUUCGAAAAACGAGCUGCAAACGCGAGUCAGUUAUAUCGAGGCACGCGAAAUAACACGUUGGCGAGUAGCGCAAUUACGAUUAAUCUAAUUCUGAUCUGUGUAAUCCUAGUAAUCGCGUCAUUUCCUGUAAAAUCGAUCGUGGCAAUCACGAUGAAUGAACGUCGCCAAAUACUACUUUUUAUUAUAUCUUGGCUACGCUCGUUCGUCGCUUAUUCUAGCAAAGAACGUUCGUGAAAUAACUUUCACGUAGCUUACCGUUAUUUAAAGAACGUGUCGAUAUAUUUUAACCUUUGUAACUCGCGGAGGCUUUAAGAAAGGGCACGGUGUUAAAGAUACAUCCGGCUUUUCCUUAAAAUCAAACGAAUGGGAAUGCGUGAAUGAGCGUAAAGUCUCCUUUACCUGUCUCCUUUAAUUUUUUUCAAACAUUUAAAUUUAUACAACUUUCUAUUUUCUAUUUCUUAUUUUAUAUUAUUUAUUGCUAAUUUUAUAAUAAGAUGACGUUGGAGACAUAUUAGUUGUUGAUUGCUUCUAAUUUAUUAUUAUAACUCGGCAUUAAUAAAAGAUAUUGUAAUUGCAGAACAGUAACUCUUCUACAAGAGUAUUUAUACAACUGAAAAUAUAUUAUACUAUUUUCUAUUACAUUAUAAAUGCUAAAGUAAUUAAAUAUCUACGAUAAGUAAUCAAAUUGCUGUACAGUAAGCGUGUCAAGUAUGGAGCUCAACCAAGUAAUCCAAGUUCAAUUAAAUCGUAUGUGACAAAUAUGUGCUUACAUCGCAAAGUAUCUAUCUUGAUCUUUGACCUCAAAAGCAUUUGGCGUGCUUGUGGUGUACUUCUCUUGUACUUCUCGCUGUCUUUGCUCAAAUUUCCAAAGUGAAAUUCGGAAAGACUACCAUACUGGGGCAAGAGAAUGAUUCGUGGUCAAGGUCACUCGACCGAGUACGAUGGCUCCCCCACUGACCUACUGACAGAUUUGGACAAGUGCCCGGAUUUGUGGUGCAAACGCGUUCACGAGCCAACUCAUGUGUCGCUGUUGUGCGUCCGUGCGUCUACCUUGACCGGUGCGUCUACGUGUGUGUGUGUGUGUGUGUGCGUGUAUACACACAUGUGACCCAUGCACGGGCCGAUCGAAGACCGUUAUCGGCUCGCGGACAGUGCACGGCGAGAGGCCAGUCAUCGUACUUGUUGUCGAUCGACACAUAUUUUUGGUCUCAAACGUCUAUUACAGCUGGUGAAUUUUGCUCUCACCCUUUCCCUUCUUCGAUACGCUUUUCUUCACUUGCUACGUGUUUGUCGAUAGAAUUAAUCGUAAUUUUUCACCAUCGGACUUUCUGAAGCCGUUAUUCUGAUUCAAAUCGACCCUUUUAAUUCAUAAAGAGAAUUCAUUUUCUAUAUUUCUACGAUUUUUAAUAUUCUUUUUUUAUUACAAAAAUAUAUAUUUUUUGUUUGUUAUAAAAGAUACAUUAUAGAAUAAUAAAAAAAAACGUACGAAAAUCGCUCGACAUUCUGAUAACCAGUAACAACAAUGCUUGACUCCACAACAGAAUAGGAAACGCGAAUCGGAAGCGACACAUUGCGCAUCGCUAUAGGCUAUCGAUACGCAGCGUGCACUCGUCCGCGGCAACUCGACCGUUACGUUCUUACGUUAUACGCGAACGAAAAAGUCGCAUUAAUGUAACGGACCAUCGUCCAUGUCACGGCGUUCGACUUGCGUAUCCGUAUCUACGUCGAAUGUAUUUCCUGCACAUUGUACGAUUCUUAUGAACUUGAUUCAUGCGCGCGUAUGACGUAGAUGAUUCUAAACUGUCUGCGUUAACCACCGGAGGUACUUCUUAGGAUGCCACAGAAUGAAAUUCAAGGCAAACUCGCAUAGAAUUGAAGGUCUACCUUAAAUAGUAUCAUCCUUCCUCUUUUUUAAAUGAAAAUUAUUUUUGCGGAAGUUAAUCAAAAUUAUAUUGUCAUAAACUGACCCUCUAAUCGUUUAGAUAGAACUUUAAUUUUAUGGAUGUUGCGUAAGAAAUACCGUUUGGUCCGAUUUCUUAGUAUCGCUUGAGACUCUCAUACUUCGUGAAUGGACAAUUUUUAAUAAAAUGAAAGAAACCGAGACACAAAGGCUGUUUGCUGAUGUUGACAAUCGAUACUUGCUUUAUUUAAUUCUCUAUUCUUUGAAUUUUUUUAAUGUUGUUUAUUGAAAAUGAAAUGUUUAAUGUUAUAUUUUUUAUUUGUACGUGUGCGCGUGUAUAUAUGCGUGACUAUAGUUAUAAAAAAAACAAAAUUGUAGAAUAAUUAAAUAGUUAAUAUCCCUUUUCCUUUCCUCCUUGAAUUGAAAUGCACAUUUUGAUAAUUUUUCUCACUUUGUUUUGUUAUAACAAUUGAUAGAAGAUUGUAAUAUUUAUUGUUAAUAUUUUACAUGUUAAUAUAAAAUUAUUUGUAAAAAUAUAAUUUUUUGUCAUUAUUUCCAUGUGUUCAAAGAUACAUUAUUUUGUGUAUACUUUUUAAUUUUAGUGUACGAUGAAUCGGAUGUGGAUAUUAAUACUUGAAAUAUUUAGAAAGUAUCUGUCUUUCUCUUUACAAAAAUACAGUAAAAAUAAAAAUACGGGGAUAUUAUGCGACUUUCAAGAUACAUAAUAAAUGAUUCUACUGGUGUGGCUUAAACGCGAAACUUAAACUAAAAGAAGUAAUACACUAGUGCGACCUUCUUUUUACAAAAAAUAAAUAAAGAAAUUGAAUCAGAAAUUUUUUAUUACAAUGUUGAAUUCUAAAUACUAUAAAAAGAUGCGGAUUAAAGUAGAUGUUACAUAAAAGUAAAAGUACAUAUUACUAUAAAAAUUUGUUGGUACAAAGAUAAAAAAGAAUUUGCUUAUCUUGAAAUCACUUUCUUUGCAAUUUAAAAUAGUCACAUAAAAGCUGCAUUUAAAUUUUAAAGAACGGUCUUAUUGACUAUUGUCUCGUACGCGUUAAUCUUUGAAAAAAUUGAAAUGCUGCGUUGCUUCAUAUACUUUUCUCUACGAACUUUGCACGAUUUACAAUUUACAAUGCAAAUUUUGUCGGCAAUAAAGUUAGAGAAAAUUUAUUUUUAUUUGACAGCACUACAGCAUUCUACAAGCGUUCUCGUAAAGCAGGGAUACGCAUCUGGCAAUCCAUGGGCCGGAUCCGGCCUGUGAAGCUUUCCAAUUCAACCCACGACGCCCAGCUUGACCCACAGAAAAAACGAAAAAUAAACUGAAUUAUUGAACAUGAAACUUAAAACACGUAGGACCGAAUAUAAUAAUUUUAAUAUAAUAACGUAGGAUAAUAUAUAACGUAUUGUGCUUUAAUAUAUAUAUAUAUAUAUAUAUAUAUAUAUAUAUAUAUUUAUUUAUUUAUUUAAUAUAAGAGUGCAUUUAUAAGUUCUUCAUAGCUGCUUCAGUGGUGUAAAUUUACAUUUUUACAUUUGGCUUGCCAAAAGAUCUAGUUGCGUUUUCCUGUCAUAAAGAUUUGUUUGGCGUUAUUCUAAUGGGUUUCUUCUAAUGUCAAUGCCUAUUAGUACAUAGUACUUUGAAACCCGGAGCAUGUAUACCGUGAUGUCAAACGUAAAUGGUAAUUUGUAGUAUUUGAGUCGUCUGUUAAUCCCAUCAAAACGAAAGAAAGGUUGGCCGACAUAUCGCUAUAGGUGUUUACUUAAAAUUAGGUAAACCAGUUUUUCGGAGGUCACAGACAUUAUUCGGGAUCGGUUAAUUCCGGAGAAAACAUAAGAGAAAUCGCUCGUAAAGGUGUGCAACCGCGAUUGAACUCGUGACUAAUUCGAUUGGACUUGAACGAGUGAUCUCCGUUGACGUCAUAACCGAAGACAGUUUCCAUAUGAAAAGUAGUUCAUGCAAAAAAGAUUUAGCAAAAAUUGUAGCUUCUUAAGAUCGGAUAUGAAAGAGUAGUUUGAAUUAAUCAAGUUGUCGUAACUUUUUUUGCUGCUAUAAAAAACUACGUUUUCUACGAGAUAUUUUAUUUAGGAUGUGAAGAUAGAAUACAAAUUCGUUAAUAAUUUAUAGUUAACUAGGAACAAGAGUUUUGACUUUUUAUUGUAUUGUGUUUUAUUCCAUAUUUCUGUUAAAUAAUAGAAAGCGCUAGUUCAGAAGUAUUUUCAAAAGAAAUACAAAGACUAUAUAAACCAAUUGAGAGUUUUUAUCUAAAGAUUAAUCUUGAUUAUCCUUAUAUAUAAUUAUUUCUCUUGUUCUGUUUCUCUUGCUCUUUCCUCUUCCCCUUUUUAUGUUUAAAUUAAGAUCUAUUCAUCAGCAAUUACCUCGGAGCAGGUUAUCUCUUGUGUCAUUGGGCGGCGUCCAGUCCGGCUCAUUGAACUCACCGAUCUGGACAUUCGCCAAAAUACCGUCAAGUGAAAUCGUUCGUGUGAAGUAUGCAGUAGUUGUGAACUUGCGACGAUUUUGAUCGAUUUGUAUAGGAAAAUUUCCCCCUCGACUAAUAAUCACAUUUGCAAUUCUUUCUUGGAAGAAGGGUAAAACCUAAACGAAUGGCGGGAACGAACGGACGAAUGAACGAACGUGUUGAGCGAGGAAGGCGGAAAGGAAUGGAUAGAGGGACGGAGAGACGGAUGGCCGGGUAACCCAGAUCGGGUCAGUCGAGCCGAUCCUACGGAGACCGGCUGCCAGUACAGUAUCAGACGUCGUACACGAUUCCAACUUUCUGGCCGCUUGAUCAUUCAGGCGCGCACCAUCGACCGGCUGUUUUUCAAUAUUAAAAGAAUUUAUUUGGUUGCUGAAAUUGACGCCGAUCGUUUGGUCUAGGUGCGGGAAAAUUGUUGAUGUCAAAAAUAUAUCGUGAAA